UCUUUUAUCAAAAUUUUAAAAAAUUAACCAAAAAAACCAAAUGAAAAAAUGGGUAUGAGGGGAGUAGUCCCGGAAAGCUAUAAAACCCACCUGCUUGUGUACUCUGUCUCCAGCGCGCAAUUAGAAAGAACCCUCCCUCCAAAAAUGGCAGUCCCCUCCGAUUCCUUCCGACGCCUCUUUCCGGCGUUGCUCCUCCUCCUAGCUUUCUCGGGAAACGCCCUCUCCGCCCGGCAGUGCGCCGACUGCGGCUCAACUUCGGUCCCGUACCCGCUCAGCACCGCCCCUGACUGCGGCGACCCACGCUACAAGAUCCGCUGCAACAGCACCGGAAACCUGUUCUUUGACACCCUCAACAACACCUACGCCAUCUCCUCCAUCGACCCGGAUUCUAAGCGGCUCACGAUCGAGCCGGCACCGUUCUUGCCGCACACCUGCGUCACAGAGGACAUCUCCACCGGCGGAAUCCUCCUCAAUUCGUCCCUUCCGUUCAAUAUCACCGGCAGCAACACGAUUCUGUACCUCAAUUGUACGGAUGCACUGUUUAAUUCCCCGCUUAAUUGCUCCUCCGAUAGCGCCUGCCACGCCUACAUCAACGGCAGCCUCAAUGCCGGGAAUCCCGCCGGCGCGUGCUCCAAAGAGCCGGUAUGCUGCAGCUUUAAAGCUGGCGGGUCGACCACGGCGCACAGGAUCCGUGUCAGGACGUCGGGUUGCCGGGCGUACAGGGCAUUCGUGAACUUGAACGAGUCUUUGCCGGUGGGCCAGUGGCCCGCGCCGGCGUUGGAAUUGGAGUGGGCGUCCUCAGCGGCGGAGCCUCCGAACGGCGGCUAGACCGGACGGGAAUUCUUGUUUCUUCUUUUGGACUAAGGGGUGUCAUUGUUUCGGCCUUUCUUAAUAUUUCGGUUCUAUUAUUCACUACUCUUGUUCUCUUGUUCCUUCUUUCUUGUUUGUCAUACUGUCAUACACUCAUACUUUAAGUUUUAAGACUAUCUUUGGAUUAAGGAAUUUUGAAGUAAAAGAAAUCAAAAUAU